CUUGCGAAGGCAAGUCCAUCGAAUUUUUCUCCGCGAUUUUUCGGCAAUAGUGCAAUUUUGAGCCCCUAGGCACCCUCGUGAGUGGGUUCAACCGGCUCCGUAAGUGAUCCGUGAUCGGUACGCGUUCGAGUGCUAUGUCAGUGAUCGGUUCGGGGGUAAAUUUCUGUGAAAAACAGUGAAAAGUUUACCCAUCGAGGGGUUUUCCACCUCUUUUUUUCUCGCUUCAAGAAAGGCAUCUGAGUGUGCGUGUGACGUUGGACGCCCAUAUCCCACGGUACGGUGUGUGCGUGAUUGGCGUCAAACUCGUCUAAUAGUGAAAUUUGUUUACAAUCCGUGCGGGUGUGUUGGUGACGGUGCGGUGUUUGUGGCUUGACAGCCGAUCGUGGGUUUGCUGACGAACGGCUUACCCGAACCCGAAGCAGCUGAAAACAACCGCCCGAAGAGGGCUUCGUUUGCCGUUCGGGUCGAGCUUCGUGCGAGUUCGUGCCCUCGUGUGCCGUUCGGUUGGAGUUCGUGUGGGUUUAUCGUCGUGUGAGAAUCAAAUCGUCCGUGCAAAAGUCUAUAAACAGAAGACUAGUGAUUUAAACCAUUUUGUGUUUACGCGUGUGUGUUUACGUCGCGUCUUUCGCGUGAUUGUAUUGUUGUGUUUUUUUUCCCCGUCGGUGGUGACGGUUCUGCUGUGGUUGAUUUUUUUUUGCUUUCUCUUGUGUACGAUAUUUUCAUCACGCGCGCGUUCCUCUGUCGGAGGAAAGAAGUUAGGGAAAAAAGUGCUCACAGAAGCUGAAAAUACAUCUCAAUUCUCCGUCAAGAAGUGCGAAAGCCACCGAAGUGUGAGCGCGGGCAGCAAUAAAUAAAAACUAGCUCGGAAAAACGACGUUUUUCCGAUCAGUGGCUGCAGUUUCCUUCGAUUGUAUCUAUCGCAGCUGGAAACAACAAGUCAAGGACGGUCAAAGCAUCGCUGAUCCAGUUGAUUUCUCGCUGGCUGGAAUUAUGGAUUACGACAAGUCAGCACUCUUAGCCUAGAACCAGCGCAUGAAGACGAAGAAACAGUUAGCAGCGGCCGCUGCAGCGGCAGCAGCAGCCGCUGAUAAAAUAGCCGCCCCUUCCGGAAGUUUACCCACUGCAACGAGUCCCAUCGCCAUCAAGAAACCGGUGAAACGUCUCCAAUGGAAAGCCAAAGAAAGUCCUCCUAAAUCGAUUGAACCGGAGCAACCUGCAGCCCUCACUUCCACAAGUGAAGCGCUUCAAGCCACUAGCCCCAAACCGAAACCGGUAGUAAAUCCCAAAUCUCCCAUUCCCUCGAAGCAAGAGUCGGCGCCUUCGCCAGUCGGUAAGCAUGUCAAAACAGUUCCGAGCAAUUCUGCUGCUGGUCCCUCGGGGACUGGCGGCGCCAAAAAGUCGGAUACCGCCAAAUUGAAGAAAUCUGCGCCGGCUGCAGGUGGAAAGAAAUCCGGUGGAGGUGGAUCGGCAGGGGAUAAAAAGAAGAUUCAAAAAGAGUUGAAAAAUUUGGGUAUUACCGAUAAGGCCAUCAAUCAAAUCGACACGGCCACCGUCGAGUGCAAUCCUUCGAUCAGCGAGAUGGUGAAAACCAAGUCGCGUGCCACCGUCAGUCAGCAGAAAUGUACCGACUUUGGUGCCCUGGGUGGUCCCUCGGUUGUACAGAAAACGGUAGCCUUUGCGAUUCAUUCUUCGAAACAAGAAGGACCAGCAGAGAAUCCCAAGCCAUUGGAAUCACUGGUGACCACUCCUACCAAGAAGAAACCGGUCCCAAAGACAAAGGAUACCAAACAAGAUCCGGCGACGGCGCGUGAGGAAGGCGCUAAAAACAAAACCCCAGUCACAGCUCAGCUGCCAACGCCUAGCGCGCCACCACCGACAUCAUCCCAAUCUAGUGCCGCUGCUAAAGAAGAUGUCAAAGCGCCGGCCGGAGCUAAAAAUACGGAUAGCAAAACUAAAGCGAAAAAACCCGAAAGCAAAGAUGAUAAUGAUGCCGCCGCCGUCGUCGGCGCUGGUGAACAACAACAACAACAACUACAGCAACAUCAACAACAAAAGGCUGGUAAGAAGAGUUCCACAACCGUUCCCAAGCCGAAGCCCAGAUCCAAAAAAGCGAUCCUGGAGGAGAAGAGGGCAGCGGAGGUGAAGGCCGCUGCGGAGGCUGCUGUUGCGGCUGCGGCUGCCGCUAUUGCCAAACAAGAAGCCGAAGAUAAACAAAGAAUGGAAGAGGAACGAACAUGUUCCCUUGAGCUCGUCGAGUCGGACGAUAAGAACGACGAAGAAGAGGUACAAAGUCGCAUUGAAGAUAUCGUCAAGUCGCUGGAAGACGAUGAUGAUGAUGAAGAGAUAGGAAUGGGGCUCAAGUUGGAGAAGUUCAAGAUUGAGCCCAAAGUGGAUAAAGAAGAAUCCGAUGCCAAGAAGAAACAACUACCGAAGGUGGUCAAAGGUAAACAUGAAACCGAGAAAAAGACAAAAAAGUCUCCAGUGCAGAAGUUGGAUGAAAUUGAUAAUAAAAAUCAAUCUGCUAGUACAAGCGUUUCUCAACAAGACUCAACUAAUAACUCAACUAAUCAAGACAAUUCGAAAGCUUCGGCGAAGCGAAAAUACACUAAACCCAAGAAUCCAACCGAUAAACCGAGAAAGUCUCCAGCGAAGAAGAAGAAACCCGAGCACAAACGUGGGACUGAAUCACCCAAAUCCAAUCAAGAAUCUCCUAGUGUAAUCUUAGAACCAUUCACACCAGCCUCAAACCCCGUGGCUCCUACUGACAAACCAAUCGACACGGCAACAGGCGAAGCAACUCAGCGCGCAAGUGAUCAGAAAUCCUCGGAACCCACUGAAUCUCCUGAACCCCCCAAGUCCAUACGUUCUUCCACGGAAAACGAUGACGAUCUUCCCUUGAACCGCCUCAAGGAUCAAUCUAAAUCUCAAACCGAAAAACCUGAAGCUUUUAUUGAACCUCAGAUGCCCCCAGCGUCGGUCAAACCGGGUCCCAACGCACCUGCAGCAACUCCUGUCUUGAUUAAACCUCCUUCCAAAACCAAACGGAAAUACGUCCGGAAAACUCCAACCUCUUCAGGAUCGAAAAAGAAACCUUCAAAAGCGGCUGCCAUCACGACGCUGGCAAAAGACCCGAAAGAGAAGAAACCGACGGAGAAGAAGGACGUAUACGAUUUCGACGAAUCGGAAAGCGAAACCGACUCACCGGUCAAGCCACCAGGAAAGCCAAUCUUCAAGCGGAAGCAACUGGAAGCGAGUGCCACCAAAGAGGAAGAGGAGCUGGAGGAUGAACCAUUGAAAGUUCAGGAAGUACUGCCAGAACAAGCGGAAAGUAUACAAGCAGAAGUUGAAAACAUGAGGCAGAGCGAAAGCGAAUCGGACAAAGAUGAAAAAGAGAUGAAGAAAGUUGUGAAGAAGCCCGCAGUGAAGUCAGUGGCGCAUAAGAAGGAAAGUGACAGUGAGUCGGAUGAGGCUGACGAGGAAGAAGUGAAGAUUUCUGCGAAGAAACCGACAAAGUCAGUGUCGAGAGCUAAAGUUGUCAAGGAAGCUAGUACCGAUUCGGAUGCGGAAGAAUCAGAAGAAGAUAAGGAACGGGAUCCGGACGAACGACCGGCAACGCCGGUCAACAAGAGGAUCAAACAGGAAGUUCAGGAGUCGUCCGAUGAAGAAUCGGAUGGGUACACGUCUGAGGAAUCGGUUCGAACUCGGAUCGUCAAGAAGCAGCUGACAGCAAAAACAAGACAUUUGAAGCUGUACGGGUUCUGGUCCGGUCCGAAACGCCAUCGGGUGGCAUCGCUGAAUGCGAUCGCAAAAGUGCACUGUUUGUACGAGAACGAAACUCGCGCCGCUUUGGAGGCGAGCUUGAUGAAGCAAGCGUCAUCAAGGGCACCGAGAGCCAAGGAAGUGAAGAAGGAGAAGGCCGAGGAAGAGGCGAAAAAGGGCGAGUUGGCGAAGGAAGAGGAAAAGAAAAAGGGAGAUGAAGAAUUUAAAAAAGUGGAAGAAGAGAAGAUAAGAGAACAGGAAGAGAAGAAGUUGAAGGAGGAAGAGAAGAAACAGAAAGAUGAGGAGAAGAAAAUUAAGGAGGAAGAGAAGAAGAAGGCCCAGAAAACAGCGUCUGUCAAGGAAGAGAAGAAGAAGGUCGGUAAGAAGGCGGAACCGAAGGAAGAUAAGAAGAAGGAGAGUAAGAAAAUGGAAGUGAAAGAAGAGAAGAAGGAUGAUAAGAAGAAGGAGAAAGAGAAGAAAAAGGAAGAAACGGAAAGUGACACCGAAAGUGACGGGUCCGAGGAGGAAGUAGUGACAAGGACGCUCCGAUGUGUUCCCGGUCUCCGGGGAAUGGGCAAACACUGGGACCCGGAUGCUUCCAGCAUGGAAUCUGGAGGAGAUGACCUUGCCGAUUCGGAUGAAACGUACACACAGGGCAAAGACACCGAUCCGGUCAAGAAGCGCAAAGUCAAACGCAAGGUGAUCAAGAAAGCGAAACCCAAACCGAAGGCUGAUAAAUCCGACAAACCGAAACCGGCUGCCAAGAAGAUCAAGAAAGAGGUCAAAGCUCUGCUCUCUGAUGCGGAAAAACUGCAGCUUCAGCAGCAGGAUGAUGAGUCCAGUUCCUCGUCCGCGGGCUCGGAAAAGGCACCAGCCAAGUCGAAGUACGAAGAACCCAAGAAGCGAAAACGUGAACCCAAGAAAGAGGUGGUGGAAGUUCUGGGCAAGAAACGUAUGGCAAGCCUGAAUGCCACGGCCAUGUUGGCUGCCACCUACGAGGUUCAGAGGAUUCUCUAUCGCAACACAGACUCCGAUUCGGACAGUCCCGCUGAGAAGCCCAAGUCGAAGAAGGCUAAGGAACAGAAGGAAGCGAAAGAGAAAGCGGAAGCGGCGAAAGCAGAAGAGAAGAAGGCCUUAGCAAAGGCGGCAGCGAAAGAUGCAAAGAACGAGGAAGAAGCGGGAAGUUCGGCAAAGUCAGCAGACAAAGACAAACCGAAGGAAAAGGAAAAAGACAAGGAUAAAGGUAAAAACAAAGAAAAGGAGAAAGAAGUGGAACAGCUCGUAACGGUUAAAACCGAACCGAUGCGUGACAGGACAGGCGAAACCACCGAGGUUAAGCGCGAGCUUGAAGAGCCCCGACCGGUUUCGAACAACGUUGUCAUCGCCCAAGACACCGAGGUAACAAUUACCGGUGUGUACGUAAACUCCGGCCUGGGGGCGAGCCAGGAAGCGUACUGCAAAAUGCAGUACCGAGUGCAGCAGAGCGUCACCGAGGAACGGUUGGUGCGUCCCGGGGAGGCACCACCCAAGUCCUACACGCCGCUGACGGCCCUCUCCAGCAUGCGGCCACCCAACGAUCAAGCUGCCCAACUAUCGACGCCGCCUCUGUUCGGCCAACCGGCCCAGUGCGAUUCCCCGCUGGGACUGGUGGGACCGCCCAGGGGCUUCUACCCACCGCCCACUUCGUCGUCGGGCAGUUCCAGCGCAUUCUGUGCACCGAUUCCGCACGACAGUCCAGGCUACUAUCAACCGGCUGGUCCGUUGAUAUCCCCUCACCUGCUGGCACAAGCGCCACCCAGCUCCUCGUCACAGCAUAGCGCCAGCAGCAGCACCAUCACCAAACAGCCACCCGAGUCGGACUCCCCGGUGCAAUCGCUAGCCCAACCGCCGUCUUCGUCAACUGCGGACAGCACGGACAGCGAUGUCCUGCUAACAGGUGGCGAUCUGUCGUCCCGAUCGCAGCCCUACGGUCGUUACGGUCCGUCCGGUCCACCAAACCUGUACUCCCGUCCGGUCCAGAUGCACUGUCCACCGCCGCACCUGGCGCCAAACUACUACGCGGCACCACCCUACAGCCAGUAUCCUCCGGAGAUGUACUACGCCCAUGCGUAUCCGCCGGCACACUUCUAUCCCAAGUUUGCCCAGUACUAUCCCACAAGCCGCCGGUACUACCCGGGUCAUCCCGGUCCAGGUGAACACCUGUACGAACAACCGCCACCUCCCACGAGUGGACCCUUGCCACCGCCGUCCGGUGCACAGCUGGUUCCAGCCGGACCGCAAGGCCCCCAGCACUUGGAGCACUAUCCCGGUCCACCGCCAUAUCCGUAUCCUGGCUACGGUAGUCCUGGCCCGGGCCCCGGUGGGCAGUGUUACUCCCGUAACCUGCAACCGCCGCCGUAUAUGGAUGCUCACUACACGACCAAUUGCCCUUGUCCGAUGCAAUCGUGUCCAAAAAACGUCAAUGCUGGGUCCCUUAUUGGUAUCAAGGUCAGUAAGGGCCCAGUAGCCAGCACAACAACCCAAAACAGCCAUCAUAUCGCGAGCACGGCCGGUAUCUACCCAGUCGUAUCGCUAACAACAGCAAACAACAACCACCAUGAACCGAUCUUGAUCUCCUCCGGUUCAUCCACGUCUUCUUCGCCGGCACCGCUGGACCUCCAUUCACCUCCGAUCAUGCAUCCGGUCGAAGUAGCGCCGCCGUCAUCCUAUUCAACCCCGACGACAACGACCACCACCACAACAAUGGCCAGUAACUCGAGUACCAACUCCUCCGCCAUGACCACCACAACCACCUCAACCACGACAGUCACCCCCUCCGAACCAACUAGCGCCCAUCAGGUUAAACCGGAAAGUGACCUGCACCCGUACAGCUAUCACCACUACCACCACCAUCACCGGCCUUCGGCACCACCACCAACGCAUCCUCUCCAUCACUUUAACGCCUCCACCGGGCCUCUGCUCACCGACGUCAAGGAGGAACCAUCCACCCCGACUCUCGAAUCCGAAUCCAAAUCCAUCAACAACAUUCCGAAGCUACUCCCGCUGACAACGGCCGCGGCCGCCGCCAUGAUCAAACAGGAGCUUCCCGAAGUCAAACUGGAACCUCCGGCGAUGGUGACCUGCAAGAAAGAGGACUUUGAAGAGAACGGUCCAGCCAUGACGCCGGAUCUCCUGCUGGACGAGGCACUCAUCAAAAAGGAGGGAAUGGUCUCGGAGCUAUGCUUCAAAGAAUCGCAAAAAUUCGACGACAAGAGUAUCCUAUCCAAUAUUCUAACCGCGGAAGCUAAUCUGAAAACAAGUAAGACUACCGGUAGUGAUAGUUGUAGCAUCAACAACAGUAACAACAAUAGUGUUAGUACCAACAACAGUAGUAUUAGUAACGAGAAAGUACAAUUAGUCGAUAGUGUCCUACCUGAAAUUCCGGCCUCGACGGUCAAGCGGAGACCGUUGCUGGUCGCCUGCAAAAAGUCCACGCCGAAGAAGUCACCACCCAAUAGCUAUAAGAAUCUGAUCAAACGUACAAAUGUGGACGACGAGAGCACCAUCAUGGUCCUCAGCGAUGACGAUGAGGAGGAAGAAGACGAGGAAGAGGAAGAACGAGUGGCGAAAAAGAAACCCAAACCCAGGAAGCUACUGCUAUCCAAACCUCGGAAGGUACUGAAACGAACGCGACGGGUGUUUGGGGCUGAACACCUACAUCACUUGAAGAAGAUCAACAAGACGCUCUUCAAAACCAAGGGCAUUAGAAGUGACGCCAAGAGGCCCUCGUGUGUACCGAGAGACCCAAAGUUGGCGGAACCAAUAGAAACGAUCAUCAUUCCGGAAGACCCUGUACUGGAGACAAAGCCGGUUUGUGAACAGCCGAAACCUACAACCGUCGAGGACCCUCAAGAAGAACGACCUCGGCCGAUGUCGAACGUCGAUCUUACGAUCGACCUAGUAGCCAAGGGUUACUUCUCCGAGCCGGAAAUAUUCUCCACCGAAGCCAAGGCCAACUCGCGCCUACUGAAGAAGUUAAAACAACAGGAAGGACGAUCGCAAUCGGAACAGAACCGCGGCAAACGGGAUCGUAGCUCCGAAUGCAGCAAACACUCGUCAUCCAAGAAGCCCAAGAAACUAAACUCGUUGGACGUAGACUUUGACAAGCGGAAGAGCAAGUGCAAGUCCAAGAAGGUGGACGCCAACGCUGAUCCUUCGGAGCGGGCUAUCAACGAACCGAAGAAAGCUUCGAAAACGAAACAGCAGCCGGUUUCCGAACCGAAGGAAAAGAAACCGAAGAAAGAAGCAAAACAAAGCAGCAAAAAGAAAUCUAACGCCAAAGCUCCGAAGAUCAGUGGCAAGAAACGUGUUACCUCUACACCUUUACCUCCGCCGGCGGUGGCAGUGGUGGCAUCACCGGAGGUGGAAGAACCGAAACAACCGGAUGAAGAGAUUCAACCGAACCCACUGGAUGUUAAUGCCGUCGGUGCCGAGUCCACGGUGGACGAUCGAGAGACGGACUUUGACGAUGCUACAACGAUGCUAGUGGACGACGACAUGAUGAGCGUCGAUACCAAUACGAUGAUUCACAGGCUCAACAACAAUAACAAUAGCGCCAUCGAGAACAAGAAUGCCCUAGGGAUGGCCACUGAAGAGGACGAUCCUCUGGCGACUUCGGCAACUUCGGCUGCUGAGGUGGCGCUGGGGGUCCCUGCUCCGGCGGAGAAUAAACUGCUCGACACCAUGGACGACACCAUGGAAGACGAGGAAGAAGAAGACGACGAGGAGGAGAUCAUGCUUGCCAAGAGAUUUGCCAAAAAGGGGACCGGAUCGCUGAAGCAGCGGGUGUCCCGAUCCCGAUCCAAGUCCAAAUCGCGAAAGUUCAGCAUCAAGAAACGGCACCGGAUUCGAAUGGCCACCGAGGUGGAGGAAGUGCUCGUGCCAAGGAAGAGCACCAGUGCACCGCGCUGGAGCAACGGUUGGACCUGGGAGGGGCAGCCGUUCCAGGGGAAGGUGUUUCUGAAUAGUGACGACCCGCCUGUGCUGAGAACCUGCUACCCUGCGAUGCGACAUUCCGAGGGGGACACCAUUCGGCCGAGAGACUGUGUCCUGCUGCGGGCAGGUAGUAAACGAGCGGAACUUCCCUACGUGGCGAAGGUGGCACAUCUGUGGGAGAAUCCGGAAGAUGGCGAAAUGAUGAUGUCCCUUCUCUGGUACUACCGGCCGGAGCACACGGAACAGGGAAGGCAAGCGGUUGACGGGCCGGAUGAAGUGUUUGCCUCGCGUCACAAGGAUCACAAUAGCGUAGCGUGCAUCGAAGACAAAUGCUACGUGCUGACGUUUAGCGAGUAUUGCAGGUUUCGUCGCCUGCUGAAGGGCUUCGAGGAAGGCAUCGAGGAGCAGCCGUCGAUUGUUCCGCCCCUGCGACGGGAAAAUAUCCGGCUUCCUCCACCUGUGGUGGCACCCGAUCUGGUCAUGUACUGUCAGCGUGUAUACGAAUUCCGGCUGAAGCGUCUGCUCAAAACACCCUCCUAGUGUCGGAAGCUGGUGGUAGAGCGACGGAUACCUCCGAAGCUGCCUACCGCAGAGCAUCCUUUACCAACUCCAUCACAGCAAGAGACAACAACAACAGCAACAACAACAUCAACAUCAACCACUCACAGCAACAGUGGAACAAUAACAACUUCAGCAACAAUCAAAUCACAUAUCGGCAGAUGAAUCACUUCAGACUCGUGCAAAAUCCCGAAUGCAUGCAACACAAGAGGAGGGAAACCGUUUGUUAUGCGAUUGCCUACAACAACACAAACACACACACACACUAUUUAAGAGUAUAUAUUAAUUGUAUGAUGGUGUAAUAUUGUACUUUUCGAGUUCUAGUCCAGGGGUGUGCGAAACAAUCCAAAACUAAACAGCUGAGAAAGAGUUUACCAGGAAGAGGAUAUAUGUCUGUAGGCUGACAAAUAUUAGGGAAAUCAAUGCAGCAACCUAUUCUCAGAGUCUAGAAACAAUUCCAAAAAAAAAAAAACAAACAUACAGCGUAAUCUACACGUACUUUUUGUUUACCUAUUUUUUGCUACUAUUUAUCUUUAACGAAAUCUAUUGUUUUUAUUUUGCUAUUGUAUAGUAUUUAAUUUCUCGUUUAUAUUGCAACUAUCACCUACAUUCUCAGUUUACACUUAUAUGCAAGCUAAUAUAUUUGUACCACUUUUUUUUUGUUAUCAUUUCGUGGUUAAUAAUAUUAUUUGUAAAUAAAGCUUAAUUGUUCAUAUGAGUUAAGAUUUACUCAAAGAAAAUAUUAACUGGAAUGAAGCAAAAUCAAAAUCUAUUCUAAAGGAAACAGUCACUACUAAGCAAAACAAACACUAACACUUUUGAACAAUAUUUAUUGUUAGCGAAAAGGCAAUUUAGGAACAAAAAAAUAAACAAACAAUUGAAACUUAUCUCAAAAGUCAUACGAGAAACCAUAAUCGGAUGAACGUGUAGGUAAAGAAAAACGGCGCGUGGCAUCAAGAUUUCAAUUAACGGUUAAUGUGGUAAAAUAAAUUCUGUUCGUGAAAUGUUUUCGGAAUCUGCGCACAAAACAGACAGAAAGUUAGGAAGGUAUAAAAACUUGUUUUAUGUAAGUUACAUAUAUGCAGCAAACAAAAACUGGUGGCGUGUAUUUUGAUGCUUGCAACUGAAUUCAAGGAGGACUCAUUUCAAAUAGCAGCCCAAUAUAGAAGAACUGCCAAUUGGUGGGCUUCAUCGGACCGGUUUAUCCCUAUCAAAUUUUGAACAGGUUCUGUGUGCGGAGUUGGUGAUAAAUGUCAAUGCUACCGUAAAAGCUCGAAAACUAAAAAAAAUAUUAGAGUGUAUGGGUACUAUUAUGCAAGUCGAGUCGAGCGUCGCUUCUGUUCACUGGACGAUUUCGAUAUUACAGAAGUAAUACUAGACUAGUGACCAGCCGUGACGCUCGACACGACUUACAUAAUAGGGCCCUAUAUCAUUUCUCUUCACGCAACUGGCAACUCUGAUGUCAGCUGUACACGCUAAAGCCAAAUUUAGGAAACAUUAAAUUUUAAUAAAAAAUCAAACGGAAUCGGAAAAUCUUAAAAUGCACGCCACGAUGUUUCAAAUUUCAAAACACAAACAGUGAAAAUAUAGAUAAACAAACACCUGCUUUUACUGAACAAAACAAAUAGUUAUCGUGCUGCUCUUCGUGUGUAGAACUUUACACUUAAACAAACAAACAAAUAAUAACGGUAAUUCGAUUCUAAACUACCAAAUCCCGCAUGGUUUGAUCAUCUUCAUCAGCCCCCUGAUAACAAUAGCAGUUGAAGAACAUUAGUUAAUGCGAAUUAAAUCAAUUGUCACACAGUUAUAUACAAUUUUAGCGAAAACAAAAAUGCAACGGAUAAAGAGCAAAACCAACUACACACAUACACACUAAUAAAUUGUUAUCGCUACUGCUGGGUAAUAAGUAUCUGUACCUUAUUAUUUGAAAUUAACAAGGCAAGAGGACAGUGCGUGACGUGGAGGAAAACUAAGUAUAUUGAAAAACAAAUAUUAUGACUAUUAUUAUAUAU